AUGGGUAUAUUAUGUAUACCAUUAUCAAUGGUUUGGUGGACAUACCAUAAUAAUAAUAAUAAGUAUAAGCAGGCAUUGUUUAAUUGGCAAUCGUUUCAGAUAACAUCCACCGAUAGUGUCCGACCAUUGUCUGCCACCAAAACACUGAACAAAAAUCGGUAUUAUUGUCUUAGAUCGGCGGCGCUUAUGGUGGACACCAAUGGACACACCGCCGCCGAUAAUAAUAAUAAUGGCAUCGAUAUGAUUGCUAUGAAAACCCGUUGCAUCCGAUCGAUAGGUUAUAUUGUAAAACCGCUAAUUGAAGACAACUAUCUGUUUAGUGGCGACGGUACGGGUGUUUUUGUCGACGGCGGCGGUGGUGGCGGCGGUAACGAUGGUCUACUCUUAACCUGCUAUCAUGUGGUCAGAAAUAGUCCAGUAGUUUGGGUCAGAUAUGUGGGAAGCUAUGAAAAUCAAACAGUCAUAACAUGUCCAAUAACUAUGGCCGAUGUCCUAUAUGUAGAGCCGCACUGGGAUUUGGCUAUAGUCAGGCUCCGUGAGUUGUUAUCGCCUGAUUAUAAUACAUGGACAACAAUGCCGAUGACUACCAGUACUUCCGGGAGUAUUGAUUUUGGUGCACAGGUAGCCAUGAUAGGCAAUGGCAAUAAGAUAAUGUUUGCCCUGCAUCCGGGUAUGAUUACCAUCCGCCGAGUCGACAACAAUCUGACACCCGCUCUGUACUAUGUAAGUCAGGUACCAUUUGGUCAGGUAUUGCCAUUGGUAGCCAACGAUGGUAUCAAUGUACCCGGUUUUUCCGGUUGUCCACUAAUAGAUACGGAUGGCCUAUUGUGCGGUAUUGUUUGGGGUGGUAUACAAAUUUGGUAUUCAACCUAUGCUAUCGACUAUAUAACAUUGAAAGAGUUUAUCAAUAGGGCAUUGACUUAUGAAAGCGAUGGCAUAAAACAUAACCGUCUGAUGAAACGGUAUGAAUGGGACAUUAGAGCCGAUACUAGACUAUUGGGUUUGAUUUUCUCGACAAAACCGUUUUCGGGUAGUUUUACUGUCCGAUCGGUUUUGCCCACUGUCUCUGAUGAAACAAAAAGUAUUAUCGGCUCACGUGUUACAAAAGUUUUUGAACACGUGUUCAACAAUAUUGAUGUCAUCCGAUCGGCUAUCGGUAGUAAUCGGGUAAUCAAAUUGUCGAUUGGAUUACCCAUUGAUGACAGUAGUAGUAGUAGUAGUGGUAGUCGAGGGACAGUUAGAGAUGAUAGCGUCAGUACUGUUAACAUCAAUACUAUAGCACCCGUCGAUAACCAUGGCUUUAGUAUUAAACCAUUAGUUUUUUGA